CGCCGCCGGCGCUAUAAACAUGCCCAGCGCGCCCUCAUCCUCGUCCCAACUAUCGACGUCUCGCGCCGCGAAGCGCGAAGCGUUCACGGCGAUUCCACAACGCCGCCACCACCGCGUCGCCUCCCGCUCCUCGGAGUCCGCCAGCGACCACGAAGAGAAGCACGCGCCCGCGCUCCCCGUGGACGCUCUCAAAACUCCGGGGCCCUCCCACUCUCGCAAGCGGCCCGCGAAGCCCGAGCGCCGCGUGACGAGCUCCGGCAAAGAGAACACCCCGAGCCCUCCGCGCGCGUCGCCGCACGCUGGCCAUACCCCCGGAGGUGCGUUCGGGCUGGGGUUCGCGACGCCCUCGCGCGCCAAAACAUUUGCCGGGCAUCUCCUGGGGCGCGAGGACUUGCAGGUCCCACCGUCGCCCGCGUCGAGCUCGGAGCUGUCGCCGGUCGGGCAGGACAUGAUGAAUAACCUCCGGAAGCAGCGCAUGCGCGCGCGGCAGGUCGAGCGGCGGAAGGGGUUUUGGGUGCGCGAAUAGCGGGGUGCCAGUGGACGCUUUGGGUUCUUGUGUGGACGCUCUCGAUACGUGAUGGACGCUCGCCGUUUGCAAUGUCCGAGGCUUUCACGUUGUCGACGAUUUGUUAUGUUAUUUGUUUUCGUGUUUUGUCGAUGUCUUAUUUUC